AUGGCUGCGGCACCAGACCGCAAAGCCAACAGGCUGAAGGCUGGCAAGCUGCGGUUGUGUCUGCUGAGCGUUGAGCAUCCGGCCUGGACCGUGGACUUGGCGGCCAAGCCCCUGCUGUGUGCCGGUAACGGCACCUCAGACUCAUACGUUUACACCCAAGCAAGGGGCUGUCGAUGGCAGGAUCAGCACUGCUGCAACAAGCACAGCUCCCACCACGUUGACACUACCCUAGCUACCGGCCUGUACGGAUGCAGGGGGCCCCCGCCCUUUUUCCGGCUUCGAGGAAGCCGACACCCGACUUGUCGCACCACGGUUGGUCAUUUUGAGUACACGGUCAUUGAUUCGGCUUGGUUAAUGCCCUUGCGACUUUCCAUGCCGUUAUGGAUCAUCUUCUUCGGCGGUGUAUUGCCAAAUUCCUGCGCGGGUCUGUACCUGAUCCGGCAGCGCCUGGUCCCCCUGCUGCUACCGAGGGAGCGCCCACUACUUGGUUGCCUGGUUUGUCCAGCUCGAGUUACUUUAACACUGCUGUAA